CAAAAAUAAAUCAUCCAAUCACAAGUUACACGUACGAUGUGCCCCAAAAACACGGAAGUAAUCUCGCAGUUACAUUUUGUCGGCGUAUAGCAAAGCCAAUGAAUGCUUGCUAAACCGACUGUUGCUAAUGACUGAAGUUAUUUAUUUUAUUAUUUGCAUUUAGUGAAAGUGUUUUUAUUUCACAAUGUCUCAAGCAGAAGAGGAGACAAAAGCGGAUGUAAAAACUGUUGAAGGAAUAUUAAAAUUAACAGGCAAUGACGAAUUAAAAUUUGGAUUGCUUAUCGGUUUGGUUGAGUUGCAGCAGGCGUCGAAUAAGGAUGUUGUUGACACUGUGUUGCACUUGCUGGUCGGAGGGGAGUUUGAUAUUGAGAGCAACUUCAUCAUUCAGGACCCACAGAACAUACUCCACAUGCUCAAACUUUUGGCCUCGUGUCCACACACUCUACAGGCUGAAAUUUGGAGCGUAUUCACCGCCAUGCUUAAAAAGAGCAGACGUAACCUCCACGCCUGCACGGAAGUGGGGCUGAUCACACUGUCCCUUGAACUCCUCAAGGAUGCCGAUGAGGUCACAGCAGUGGGCAGGGAAAUGCAAGGAGCCGUACAUGAUUUAAUCAUUGAUAUGUUAGGAGCCUUGGCUAGCUAUAGCAUCACUGUCAAGGAGUUGAAGUGUGUGUUUUCAUUGAUGAAAGCUAGGAACAAUGUUUGGCAACGACAUUCCACCAAAUUAAUAUCAGUGUUGCGGCACAUGCCUCAGCGCCAGGGACCAGAUGAGUUCUUCAGUUUUCCUGGUAAAAAGGGAUCGCACAUUGCCUUACCACCAAUUAAAACUUGGCCCUAUCAAAACGGAUGGACCUUUUCUUGUUGGAUCCGUCUUGAUCCAGUAACUGGAGUCAAUGUGGAAAGGGAGAAGCCAUAUUUGUACUGUUUCCGCACAAGCAAAGGCAUAGGCUAUUCUGCCCAUUUUGUUGGUGGAUCUUUGGUCAUUACUUCUAUGAAAAUCAAAGGCAAAGGCUUUCAGCACUGUGUGAAAUAUGACUUCCAGCCCCGACAGUGGUACAUGAUAACACUGGUCCAUGUGUACAACAGAUGGAGCAAGUCAGAGGUCAGGUGCUAUGUUGAUGGUCAGCUCAACUCAUCAGCGGACAUGUCAUGGCUGGUGUCCACAUCAGAUCCCUUUGACAAAUGCUACAUUGGUUCAAGUGUAGAUGGGGACCCAGAGGAGAUGUUCUGUGGUCAGAUGUCCACCCUUUAUUUAUUCAGUGAUGCAUUGCUGCCCCAGCAGAUUUUAGCCAUGUACCACCUGGGCCCAGGAUACAAGAGCCAGUUCCGGUUUGACAAUGAGAGUUUAAACAUGGUUUCAGACGCUCAUGAAAGGAGGAUAAAAAUGCGGGACUUCAAAAAAUUGCAGGAGAUGGGUUUAUGGCUGCAGGAUGUGUUCCAGGUUUUGUAUGAUGGGAAGUUGACCAGUGCUAUAGUGUUCAUGUACAACCCCAUUGCCUGUGAUAGUCAGCUGUGUCUUGAGUCUUCACCAAAGGGAAACCAGUCUUACUUCCUUCAUUCACCACAUGCUAUGAUGUGCCAGGAAGUGAAAGCUGUCAUCACCCAUUCCAUUCACAGCACUCUCCACUCUCUGGGUGGGGUGCAGAUACUCUUUCCUCUCUUUGGUCAGUUAGAUCUGCCUGUAGACAGAGGCCCUGAUAAGGCUAGUGAGGUGGACUAUUCUACCUGUGCAAAUUUGAUAGGCUUGCUGGGAGACUUGAUAGAAUGCUCACCAGCGAUACAGCAGCAAAUGGUGCAGAACAGAGGAUUUUUGGUCAUCAGUUAUUUGCUGGAAAAGUCAUCCAGAGACCACAUAACUCCUGCUGUACUGGAAGCUUUCCUCAAGUUGACAGAGUUUUUGGUGGAGCUGCCCACUGGAGGAAUCCUGCUCAAAUAUCUGUUUGAUUACAUUCUCUUCAACCCCCAGCUGUGGGUCCACACAUCAGUGGAGGUUCAAACAAAACUCUACUGUUAUCUGGCCACUGAGUUUAUCAGCAAUGCACAAAUCUACAACAACAUCAGGCGGGUCAGCGCUGUCCUGCAGACCAUGCACUCUCUGAAAUACUACUACUGGGUGGUCAACCCACUUGACCGCAGUGGUGUCCAGCCUAAAGCUUUGGAUGGCCCCAGACCUACCAGAGAUGAGAUAAUCAAACUCAGGUCCUUCAUGUUGAUGUAUGUGAAAGAACUGAUCAUCAAAGGUCAUGGGAUUCUAGAGGACGAGCUACAGUCAAUGCUGAACUACCUCACAACACUACAUGAGGAUGACAACUUGAUAGAUGUCCUAGAGUUGUUAGUCCAGCUAAUGUCUGAGCACCCAGCAUCAAUGGUGCCAGCAUUUGAUCAAAAGAAUGGUGUUAGAACAAUAUUUAAACUCUUGGCCUCACAAAAUGAAGAUAUCAGGUUAUUUUCUCUUCGCCUGCUGGGACUUUUCUUAAUGAGAAGUACAUACAGGAGGAAACAAGAUGCAAUGUCACCACACAACUUGUUCAGCUUGCUGGCUGAGAGACUGAUGCUCCACACACCAAACAUUUCCAUGUCCACUUACAAUGUGCUCUUUGAGAUUUUGACGGAAAGAAUGAACAAAGAAAACAUCAAAGUACGCCAGGAAGAGCCAGACUCUACAUUCCGUAUUGAAAACUCAGCCAUCCUUAAAGUGGUGGCCACCAUGAUCCGUCAGUCCAAGCCCACCCCAGAGGUUCUAGAGGUGAAGAAAACAUUCCUGUCUGACCUGACCAUUCUCUGCAACAACAACAAGGACAACAGACGCACUGUGCUGCAGAUGUCUGUCUGGCAGGACUGGCUCUUCUCCCUGGCCUACAUUUACCCCCGCAACUCUGAGCAGCAGCGCAUCACUGACAUGGUGAUGGCCCUCUUCAAGAUGUUGCUGCACCACGCCAUCAAGUUUGAGUUUGGUGGCUGGAGAGUCUGGAUAGACACACUGGCUAUUCUACAUUCCAAGGUAGCUUAUGAGGACUUUAAAAUCCACAUGUCCAAGAUGUACCAGCAGUUUGAACAACAUAGAACAGACAACAUAUCCGACCCAUCUGAGCUGCAGCAGAGGCCUAUUAGUACCAUCUCUGGCCUUUCUGAUGACCAGAGCAGCCGGCCUGCUCACAAAUCCUCCGUCAAAAUUUCAGAGGUGUCUGAUGCUGAAGCCGAGGCCAUCACCAACGGGAAUAGUGAUGAGAAGGAGAAACACAGUGGAGAUAAAUCAGAGAAGAAAAGCCAAGAGGCGAAGGAGAAGCCGGUCAGUGAAGUGGAGACAGCAGCUGAGGGACAGGGGGAUACAAGCGCAGAGAACAAGAAGAAAGAAGACACAACAGAUAAGCCUCAAGGGGAGGUAAAUGGACAGGGGAAAGAAUCAAACUCAGAGGAAUCAAAACUAGAUUCGGCAGCUGGUGGAGAGGCAGAAUCUAAUGGAUAUGAGGAGCACAGUCUGUUUAAGUCAGCUGAUAAAGGAAACAGCGCUAAGACCAGCCAGGAAUCUGCACAGAAUGGUCCUGGGGUUCCAACUCUCCAGCGCAACCCUUCAAACGCCAGCCGAGGUGGUGGACACAUAUUCAGCCCUGGUCCUCGUGCCCCAGCUUUCCGUAUACCAGAAUUCCGUUGGUCUUUCCUACACCAGAAACUGUUGUCAGAUUUACUGUUUGCAGUGGAGACUGACAUUCAAGUCUGGAAGAGCCACAGCACCAAGAACGUCAUAGAUUUUGUGAAUGCCAAUGAGAACCAUAUCUAUGUUGUCAAUGUGACUCACAUGAUCUCCCAGCUGGCAGACAACCUCAUCACAUCCUGUGGUGGUCUCUUGCCUCUACUUGCUGCAGCCACCUCACAGAAUGGGGAGAUAGAGAUUCUGGAACCAAACCAGGGACUGAGCAUUGAACAGGCUGUGAUGAUCCUGCAGAGGAUCAUGUACAUGACUGACAUUCUUGUCUUUGCCAGCUCCACCAACUUCUCAGAGCUGGAGAAUGAGAAGAACAUGCCUUCUGGGGGCAUCUUGAGACAGUGCCUCAGGCUGGUGUGUACCUCAGCUGUAAGAAAUUGUCUAGAGUGUCGCCAUCGUUACCAAGGCCAUGGAGGCUCUGAGCCACCAUCUCCUGCUACCAACAAGCCAAUCAAUGGGGUUGAUCCCAUACACAGCCUUAUAGGCGGAUCACACCCCUCUGCCAAGAACAUUGUAGAAAAUCUAGCUGGCCAAACUACCCCCAUCAAGGACCCUGAAAGGCUUCUCCAAGACAUGGACAUCAAUAGGUUAAGAGCAGUGGUAUACAGAGACGUGGAAGAAACGAAACAAGCACAGUUUCUUGCAUUGGCUAUUGUUUACUUCUGCUCGGUGCUUAUGGUGUCCAAAUACAGGGACAUCCUUGAGCCACCCUCACCUGCUGCCACGCCCACAGCUGCCGCAGCACCAGGUAGCAGGGAGGGAUCAGGCGGUCUCUCUUGGCAGAAGAUCACAUCCUCUGCCAUGCCACUUCUGCCAGAGAGUGGCAGCUCCACCUCAUCCAUCGCUUCCUUCUCCAUCAAAUCUAGCGAGGAGUCCUCACAAGGGGAGGUCAAGCCUGACACCUCCGUUAAUAAAUUAGAUGGCGGGACUGUUAAAAAAGAAGAGACAACUCUUAAAAAGCAAGAGACGACUCCUGCUGUAAUUAAUAAUAAAGAUGCAUCUCCAGUACCUGUUACCCAGGGGAAUGUGAAAACAGAAGGUUCAGUGGGUGACAAACAGGUGAAGUCUGAAACAGGAAAGAUAACCACAGUAGGAGAGGGAAAUGUAGCUGGUGAAGAGACCAAAACUGAGGACCAGACAAAGGAAACAGCCAAAGAAACACCAAAGGUUGAAGAUGAGAGCAAAAUAGUUGUGGAAGCAGAGGUCAAUGUGUUGGCUAAAGAAGAGACAGGCACAACUGAAAGUGAGAAGUCUAACACAAAUAGUGAUGACAUCAAUGAGAAUGUUGAAGAAAAGAACAAUGAUGUUUCCGAAAAGGAAAAUAGCUCACCAGAGACAGGAAAGGAUUCCCAAGAUGAGGAUAAAAAAGAUGAAGUGGCAAAAGAAGAUGAAAAGAAAGAAAACGAUAAAGAAGAGAAUACUGGUGAGAAAGAAGAAAGUACUGUUACUAAAGAAGAAAAUGAUGGUGAGAAAAAAGAAAAUGAUGUUGAAAAAGAAGAAAAUAAUGAUGAUAUAGAGAAACCUGUGGAACCAGUGGAGGAAGUUCUAGGAAAAGAAGCUUCAGAGGCUGCUGAAGCUCCUUCAAACACAAGUGAGGCAUUGGAGCAAAUUGCUGAAGAUACAGACUCAACUCGCUUUAACAAGCUGGAUGAUGAAGAUGGCUCCAGUGAGGACAUGGCUGAGAGACAGGCAGGAGAAGGGGAGGAAGAGGAGGAGGAAGAGGAUGAUGAUGCUGAGAGUGACAAAGGUGGAUUGGAAAGAGGUACUGAGGAUUCCGAUACCUCAUCACAACAGCAGCAACAGCCUGACGAAGGCGAGCUGUCACCGCAGCAAGUACAGCUGGAGGUGGAUGAACAGCAACCAAAGGUAGAACAACCAGCCGAAGCUGAACAGCAACCAAAGGUAGAACAACCAGCCGAAGCUGAACAGCAACCAAAGGUAGAACAGCCCGCAGAAGCUGAACAGCAGCAGGAACAGGCAGUUGAACAGCCUGCGCAAGAAGCACAGCAGGCUCAGGAGGUGGAGACCCAGGCCACAACAAGUAAAGAGGAAACUGAAGAAAAGGAAGAAGCCAAAGAGGAAGAUGCAGAGGCUAAAAACAUAGAGAAGGAAGCAGAAACAGAGAAAAAAGAGGAGGAGGCUGAAGGUGCUGCAGGGGAUGAGGUGGAUGACCACAAACUGCCUGUUGUAGAUGAGACUAAGAUGGAGGAUGUGGACUUAAAGGAAGACUCAGAAACUUCAAAAGGAGCUAGAGGAGAACAAAGGCCAGAGAGAGCUGAAGGGGAAGAACCAAGAGAAAACAAACCUAUUUCUUCCAUCUCCUUAGCACAUAAAACAUCAGAUCAAGAUGGUGCCAAUGGAGGCCAAAAGCCAAGCGCACUUGAGUUAAACAUCAACCCACCAAUCCACAACCUCCUGAGCUACCAGAUGGACACUGGCACCCUGACUGAGAGACUAGAGAGGGCCCUGGGCUCUGUGGCUCCCCUGUUGAGGGAGGUGUUUGUAGAUUUUGCCCCCUUCUUGUCCAAGACCCUGAUAGGUUCACAUGGACAGGAGCUCCUGAUUGGAGGUGGGGGGCUGGUGACACUGAAACAGAGCACCUCAGUGGUGGAGCUGGUCAUGUUGCUGUGUUCCCAGGAGUGGCAGAACUCCCUACAGAAACAUGCAGGACUGGCUUUUAUUGAGUUGGUGAAUGAAGGAAGGCUUCUGGCUCAUGCAACAAGAGAUCACAUUGUGCGUGUGGCCAACGAGGCAGAAUUUAUUCUUAACAGGAUGAGAGCUGAAGAUGUACAGAAACAUGCUGACUUUGAGUCCACAUGUGCUCAAGCCAUGAUGGAGAGAAGAGAAGAAGAAAAGCUGUGUGAUCAUCUCAUCAAAUCUGCUAAAAGACGUGACCAUUCCAUCGCCUUGAAACAGCGGGACAAGAUCCUUAACAUUCUACAGAACAAGCAUGGUGCCUGGGGAGUUGAUGCACUGCAGCAGAACUCAGAGUUCUGGAAGCUGGACAUCUGGGAGGAUGACUCACGUAGGAGGAGGAGGAUGGUGAAAAAUCCUCUGGGCUCCUCUCACCCUGAGGCCACCCUGAAGGCAGCCAUUGAGCAUGGUGCAGCAGAGGAUGCCAUCAAUGCAGCCAGAGACGCCUUCCAUGCCCACCUGGCUACCCUGAAGAAGACACAGAGAGAGACCACAGACUUCACAGAUGAGGAGCUGGUAAUGGAGGAGAAAGAUGUCGACCAGGAGUUCUCAGGUCCAGUGGCACUGUCCACUCCAUGUAAACUGAUAGCACCAGGGGUGGCUGUCAAUGGCACCAUGUCCAUUACCAAAAACGAACUUUACUUUGAAAUGGAUGAUGAAGAUUCACAGAACAAGAAAAUGGACAUUAAGGUUUUGGCCUACAUCGAUUUUCUGCAUGGAAAAUGGAACUUUUCUGAGAUCCGAGCAAUAUUUUCCCGGCGCUACCUUCUACAGAAUGUGGCCAUCGAGAUCUUUAUGGCCAACAGAACGGCUGUUAUGUUUGCCUUCCCUGACCACGUGACUGUAAAGAAAGUGAUCAAUGCCCUACCCAGGGUUGGUGUGGGAAUCAAGUAUGGUCUACAGCAAGCCAGGCGUGUAUCAAUGGCAUCAGGCAAACAACUGUUUAAACUAUCCAACAUGACACAGAAGUGGCAGAAGAGGGAAAUAUCCAAUUUUGAUUACAUCAUGUACCUCAACACUAUUGCAGGCCGGACAUACAAUGACCUGAACCAAUAUCCAGUGUUUCCUUGGGUGCUGGUCAACUAUGACAGUGAGCAGCUAGACUUGAGCAGUGCCAACUCUUACAGAGAUUUAUCUAAGCCUAUUGGAGCCUUGAAUGAAACAAGAAAAGCUUACUUUGAAGAGAGGUUCUCAUCCUGGGAACAUGACCAGAUCCCUCCAUUCCACUAUGGUACCCACUACUCAACAUCUGCCUUCACACUCAACUGGCUCAUCCGUGUGGAACCAUUUACCACCAUGUUCUUGAACCUGCAAGGUGGUAAAUUUGAUCAUCCUAACAGAAUCUUUAACUCUAUCAGCCAAGCUUGGAAAAAUUGUCAGAGGGAUACAUCAGAUGUUAAGGAACUGAUCCCAGAGUUUUUCUGCCUGCCUGAGAUGUUCUCUAACAGCAACAAGUACAGCCUGGGCAAGCAAGAGGACGGCUCUGUGGUCGGGGAUGUGGAACUUCCACCCUGGGCUAAAACAGCUGAGGAGUUUGUUCGGAUCAACAAAAUGGCUCUGGAGUCUGAAUUUGUGUCCUGCCAAAUACACAACUGGAUCGACCUGAUAUUUGGGUACAAACAGAGAGGACCUGAAGCAGUGCGAGCCACCAAUGUCUUCUACUACCUGACCUAUGAGGGCAGUGUCAACCUAGAGACUAUGACUGACCCUGUCAUGAAAGAGGCCAUUGAGAACCAGAUCCGCAGUUUUGGUCAGACACCCACCCAGCUGUUGACAGAGCCACACCCACCUAGAAGCUCUGUGAUGCACCUUGUGUGCUAUCCCCCUGAGUCUGUAAACCUGUUAAUAGAAAAAAAUCAGGACCGUAGAAGCAUCAUCAACAAGAGUCCAAUGAUGUUCUCCAAGAACCAAGAGGACGUGUGUAUGAUCAUGAAGUUCCUGUCCAACUCACCUGUCACUCAUGUGGCUGCCAACACACACCCUGCCGUGCCAGUACCUGCCGUGACAAGCAUCUCCUGCAAUCACAACUAUGCUAUUAAUAGAUGGAACAACAACUACACACCUCAAGGAAAUGCCGCAAGUUUUUCUUCAGACAAGGCAGAUCCAGCAGCCCCUCCUAACCUGCCUCUAGCAAUGGACCAGUUGUUAGUUAUGAACACUGGUCUCCAGAAAAGAACUUUGGGUGACAACUUUGAUCAAAGAUUGCCUGUCAACCACCACAGUUUUGUGACAACCGCGGACAACCGUUUCCUGUUUGCCUGUGGGUUUUGGGACAAGAGUUUUAGAAUCUACCAUCUUGACACAGCUCGCAUUGUCCAAGUAAUUUUUGGCCACUUUGAUGUUGUGACUUGUGUAGCUCGGUCAGAGUGUAACGUUAGUCAGGACUGUUAUGUAAUAACUGGAUCAAAGGAUUGUACGGUCAUGGUUUGGAUGUUCAGUGCCAAGUCUCAGGCCGUCCUGGGGGACAACAACAGUAAGGGUGUAGACAUGCCCACACCUAGGACAGUCCUCACAGGCCAUCAGUCUGAAAUCACCUGUGUUGCCACCAUUGCUGAGCUAGGUCUUGUUGUCAGUGGCUCUAAAGAUGGUCCAAGCUUGGUACAUUCCCUAACUGGUGACCUCUUGCACUCCUUGGAGCCCCCCUCGACCUGCGUGUCACCUCGUCUGAUCACCAUCUCACGAGAGGCCUACAUCCUGCUGACCUACGACCGGGGCAGCAUCUGCAUGUUUAGCAUCAACGGAAAGUUGCUGCACUUCAUGGAGCAUAAGGACAUGUUACAGUCUGUCAUAUUGAGUCGUGAUGGUCAAUACAUGAUCCUGGGUGGUAAUGGCGGUGUGGUGGAGGUGUGGCGGGCACAUGACUUCAGUCAUCUCUACGCCUACCCUGUAUGUGAUAGUGCCAUACGCUCUCUGGCCUUGACCCAUGAUCACAGGUUCUUGAUUGCUGGUUUAGCAACUGGUUGUUUACUGGUGUUUAACAUUGAUUUCAACAAGUGGCACCAUGAGUUUCAAGAAAGAUAUACAUAAAAUAAUCAAGUCUGGCUGUCUGCAAGGAUGAGUGCUUUGUUUGCUUAGUUGGGUGUAUAGAGGACUAGCGACACACGCACCAUAUCAAAGACCAACUGAUAUAAGAAACAGACUUUAGGAGUGUACUAAAGUUAUGAUAAAUUAUAGUUUUUGACAUCAACAGGUUUUUUUUAAUAUCAACUGUUUGGUUUUAAAUCUAGAAAUUUAUCUGGCAUAUUAGAAGUCUGCUAAUGAUAGUUGAAACAGUUUAACUAGUUACAUAUAACAGAACUGUAUAGAACUGAAUUGACCUGUCCAAAUGCCUUUUUGUGUUUGUCUGUGCAUUGUUCUACACCGUAGGUUUAUCCAACUUUGUAAUCACAUGUCAUAUUUAGCUGAUGUUUGAUUAUUCUAUACUUAUUCACUGGUUGAGGUUUCUCCUUUCUGUUGUUGACUCACUUGUACAUAGAACUAAUACAGUGAUUGUGGGUUUCUUGUUGGUUUGUGACAUUCAUGUAGCUUGUGGCUAGAAGUAAAUUAACGCCAGAAAAAUAAAUGACUGAAUGAAAUAUGAACGAUUUUUAAAUGCUAUGGUAAAAAGAAAUUUCAAAUGAAUAUGAUUGAUGCCACCUAAUCCCUGCCUAAAGCUUUCAGUAUUGUUCCAUCUUAUGAAAAAAUGUUGCGUCCUUUUUACCCAAGAUGUAUCUUUACUAUUUCAUGAAAAAAAUAGUCAAAAGUGAUAAUCAAUAAAUAUUAGUUAAUAUCAUAGAACCGUGGUCAACUAGAGAUAAAAGAGUAAGUUGAUUGCUAUCCUGGUGUCAUUGUUGUGCUUGAUUUAAAGAAGGAAUUAUUAAAUAAUUUUAUUUUGAACUUGUUUUGAUAAUACGAUUGUGUUUACUGUUUACAAUAAAGUUUCAAUGAAUCUCGUCAAAGAGUUGGAUGUUGUGAUCACCAUGAUUUCACCUGAGUGGACAAAUAUUUAUCAUACCAUUUAUAUUUUAUAAACAUUGCCUUGUUUACAUCUUUGUUAGUUAUCUUUGUGAUUUUUUUAAUAUAUUAUUUUUACAUGUAAUUGCUGUUUACAAAAACUGUUUGAUAGGCCCCUAACAUUGAUGUUACAAAACAAUUUUUUAAAUUGCUAUUAAUUGACUUUUAGGGUAUAAUCAGAUUUAAAAAUGAAUUAUUUUUUUUCAAUGUCACAUUGAUUGUGUAUUAAAUGUUUUGAGAUUGAAUGCUAUUUGUCUAAUCAAGAUUGAUUUAAAAUAUUAGCACUAAAUAGAGGUGUAAGUAUUUAGAGAGGCUGAACAAAAUAAGAGAGCUUGUUUAUUAAAUCAAGGAAUGUCUGAUGGUUGUGUUGCCCAUAUCUUUUAACCUAAACUGAAUGUCGUGACUGUGCUUUCAUAACACUUAUUUAUUUUAUUUAAAGACAGCUUUAUUUGUGUGAAUAGUUAGCCCUCACAUCAGCUUUUUGGACUGUCAGCAAGUGAAUUCAGCUUAAGAGUGGUUCACAUGGUUACCUAUGUCACUGUUCUUGUACAUGAAGAAUAUUAAUAUAUCAAACAAUAUUAUGCACGAUAAUUUUUUUGUAAUCAAUGUUGUACUGUGUUCUCAUAGAAAUACUACAUUCCAUAUUUUAUUCAGACAGUGCUGCUUCACAAAUUAAUGCUGUCAUUCCAUAUUGAAGAAAUAAUUUUAUAACUGAAGUAGCCGCAUAACAAGGAAUUUUUUGUCAACAUUUGUGUGAUAUUCUUUUUUAAUAUGUGCAGAAAAUGAUCUGUUACUAUUAAAAUUUCUGUUAGUAGUUUAUGACUGCCCACAACUGAUAAAAUUGCUAGUCAUGAUAACUGCCCUUAUAAAAUUGUUAAAUUUUGUGUGUGGUACUGUAAUAAGUUGAACCUUUUGUCAAAUGGCUCUUGUUAAAAAUUCUCUCCUAUAUGGGUCCUGCAUCAUGAUAAGAAAAAGCUUGGAGAUUGUGAUUAAUUAUCUUACAACACUAAGAUGGCUGAAGUUGUGAAUCAGUUUAUCUUUGGGCUGGUCUGUUUAUUUGUCAAUGCUGUGUCUGUGAAUAAAUCAUGAAUGUAGGGCUGCUACAUGAGAAUGGAGAUUUACACAGGGUCUUAGUUUAGCUUUCAGCAAAUGUUUAAAGGCAGGCUACUAUUUUAUGACAGAGUGGGGAUCAUUUCUGUGGAUUUAUUUAAAUGUAAGUUUAAAAUGCACACAAGAAAUUAUUUUGCUGGAAAUUAUAAUGGUCAACAUGAAAAGACAAUCUUGUAUAAGUACAUUCCCUUUUUUUCUUAUACCUUUUUAGAUCAUUUAAGUUUAGAAGUUGUAUUUUAAUUUUAAAGAUAAAUAUUGUUAACAAGCUUGUGACAUCUUUAAAUGAUAAUUCAUUCAAAUGGAUUUAUCACCAUUUUUAAAACUACAUUAAAAAAAUUGUUCUGUAGGAAUGACUCGAUAGUGGUUAAGCUGAAACAUGAAUUCGAACUGUUUCUUGUCUAAAUAAUUUGAUCAACUAGAAUUGUUUCCUGUCUAAAUACUUUGAUAAACUAUAUGCAAUUGCCUAUUGUUUUCAAAUAAAUGUUUUAUUUUUCUUAAUGACUCAGUUUUAUUGGUUGGUGAUGUUAACAUUUCCAGUUGGUGAAUUAACCUCAUAGUGUAGCCACUCCUCUCGCCCCAUUUAUUUACAGACUAUUGAACAGUUAAUGGGAUAGUCUCCCUUCUCCCAUCUAGAAGGUAAUAUUUACAGUUUAUUUAUUGUUGUUAAUUAAUUAUAAAUUAUUUUUCCCUAUUCAUUAAAAUUUGAAAAGCUUUUUACAUUAUAGAAAAACCAAUAUUUCUAUUCAUUCACAAUUAUGUGAUACUAUUUUACCAUUAAAACUUUGAC